UAAGGAAGCCAGCGCUGCCAGGCAAAGAACUUCUGCCCAAUAUGGGUCCUGGGUGGCCUCUCGCCUCUCUCUUUCCCUGGGCCCCCAGCCAGCUUCCCCCCUCCCCCAGAGAUGCUCCCUGCUCACUUCAUUCCUGCCUCAUAGUUGGAAUGACAGUGGCUCCCAGAACCCCUGGGGAGCGUGGAGGGUGAUGGGGGUCUGGAGAGGCAGCCAGGCCCAAGAGCAGGUUAAUGUUACAGCCCUGGAUAAGUGAGCCGGGCGGGUUGACGUCAGGGUGAUGAUGGGUGGAGGGGAGGGCCGGGCUGCUGAACCAACUAUAAAGAUAGGUCAAAUCAAAUAUCAUCAACUCGGGACGGAGCAAGCGGGCGAGCUAGAGAGCGUCCCCGAGCCAUGGUCUCUACCGGCCGCGGCUCAGCCUGGGUCCCUCUGCUCUCAACCCGAGUGCCCGAUGCAGGCUUUGGUUUCAUGUCAGCAGCCUUCAUCUGCCUUCCAAAAAUAAGCCCCUGCCGCCAUGCCGGAGGGAGAAAAACAAGAAGGGCGGUAUUUUUAGGGCCAUUAAUUCUGACCACGUGCCUGAGAGGCAAGGUGGAUGGCCCUGGGACAGAGGCUGUUCAUCACUAUGUCCCGGGGAGCAGGACGUCUUCGGGGCACGCUGUGGGCUCUCGUCUUCCUAGGCAUCCUAGUGGGCAUGGUGGUGCCCUCGCCUGCAGGCACCCGUGCCAACAACACGCUGCUGGGCUCGAGGGUCUGGGGCACCCUGCUGUCCAGGUCUCGUGCCGGGCUAGCUGGAGAGAUCGCCGGGGUGAACUGGGAAAGUGGCUAUUUGGUGGGGAUCAAGCGGCAGCGGAGGCUCUACUGCAACGUGGGCAUCGGCUUUCACCUCCAGGUGCCCCCCGACGGCCGGAUCAGCGGGACCCACGAGGAGAACCCCUACAGCCUGCUGGAAAUUUCCACCGUGGAGCGAGGUGUGGUGAGUCUCUUUGGAGUGAGAAGUGCGCUCUUCGUUGCCAUGAACAGUAAAGGAAGAUUGUACGCAACGCCCAGCUUCCAAGAAGAGUGCAAGUUCAGAGAAACCCUCUUGCCCAACAAUUACAACGCCUAUGAGUCAGACUUGUACCGAGGGACCUACAUCGCCCUGAGCAAAUACGGACGGGUAAAGCGGGGCAGCAAGGUGUCCCCGACCAUGACUGUCACUCAUUUCCUUCCCAGGAUAUAAGGACCCGCAAAAGAAGGCUCACGGAUUUAAAGCAGCAUCUGUUCUAUUGGAAUUUUGCACAAGCGAAUAACUCCCCUUGCCCUCCAUGGCUUCUGAGUCAGGUUUAUCUCGUGCUUGGGGAGA